AUGUGUUUCCCGCAGCGGUUCAUGGGCUCUCAUGCUGCUGGUCUUUCCCCUGCUGCAGCUUCUGCUUCUUCUUCUGCUGCUGAUGCUGCUGCUGUGAGUGCGCCUGUGACUGCACAGGGGGGCCAAGAGCGGCAGAAGGAGAUGGGCUGGCGGGACGAUGCACCGAGCGGGCGGGUGGAGGGAGUGAGCGUGAGGCUGGGAGAGGCGGAGCUGCUGGGAGUGACUGGCAAGACGGGCAGUGGCAAGUCGUUGCUGCUGCUGGGUAUUCUGGGGGAAGUGCCUCUCUCAUCCGGCGCCAUGCACCGCUCCGUGCCCUCCCUCGCCUAUGCAUCGCAACAGCCACUCCUCAUCGAAGGGACGGUGCGAGACAACAUCCUAUUCGGCACACCGCUAGACGAGGCACUGUACGCCAAGGUGUUGGACGCCUGUGCUCUGCACUCGGACUUGGCUCUGUGGCCAUGUGGUGAUGCCUCAUUGGUGGAGGAGGGCGGCGGCAAUCUCAGUGGCGGGCAGAGGACGCGCGUUUCGCUUGCCCGGGCGGCGUAUGCUGCACUUCACUGCAAGAUGACUGCUGAGUCGGCGUAUGCCACCCUGCACCGCUGCUCUGCCACACCACAGUUGCACGCUGAUAAUAAUGCCGUUGCCAGCCACGUGUUUCAGCAGUGCGUGUGUGGGCUGCUGGCAGGGUUGCCCAGGAUUGUCGUCACUCACCACGUGCAGUACCUUGGCAGCUGCGACAGAGUGUUGCUGCUGGAUGACGAUACAGCAGCGGCGUGUGGUGCGUGGAGUGACCUCUGCGCCCUGCCCUCUGCUCAACAACACUGGGGAAAUCACCCUCCGGGCCCGGAUUUUUCGGACGUUUCUGAUGAUUCCGGCACUUGCAGUGACAGUGCUUCGGGAGAAGCAGCAGCAGCAGCAGCAUCAGCAGCAGCGGAGCUGAGAGGCGGGGAGGAGGGAGUGCUGGAGGCGAGUGGCUCCACAGAGGGCGAUGAGCAAGGCCUGCUGGACGUGGAGGGAUGGCAGCAUGGUGCCAUCCCUAUGUCGGUGUUUUGGGGCUACGCCAGACAGAUGGGCGUGCUGCCCCUGCUGCUCAUCGCAGCUCUCUUCCUCGCCGCACACGUCUCAAACUGCCUCGCAAGCUGGUUCCUGGGCGUGUGGACGGACACGCCCCACACCAUACACCACCCGCUUCUCACCCUCACGGCCAUCGCCCUCUCCUGUGUGGCCCUCUCUCUCCUCGCCUCGCUGCUCUUCCACCGCGCUGCUCUGCGCGCCUCCUCCUGCCUUCACUCACGCAUGCUGGCCUCCGUGCUCGCCUCGCCGCUCGCCUUCUUCCACCGCAACCCCACCGGGCGCGUGCUGAACCGGUUCAGUGAGGACCUCGGGGUGACGGACGACGUGCUGCCAGAAAUGCUGCUGGGAUUCGUCAAUGUGAGUGGGAGUAUGGUAGGGAUGGGGUGA